CGGCGCAACAAAAAAACAAGUUAUUCGCAUUUCACCCACUUUCUGAUUUGAACGAAAAGGCUGCUCUCUCUCUUCCCGAUAGAUAGUUAUAUAGCAGGCGGUAGAAACCAACACUUUCCAACCAGAUCCGAGAGAGAGAAGAGGGGAACAUGGACAUGAAAAAGAGAAUUCACCUAGAACUGAGAAAUAGGACGCCGUCGGAUGUUCAGGAGCUGGUCCUGGAUAACUGCCGGUCCAACGAGGGGAAGAUGGAGGGCGUAACGGAGGAGUUUGAGAACCUGGAGCUGUUGAGUCUCAUCAACGUCGGCCUCAUCAACGUCUCAAACAUACCCAAACUGGGGAAAUUAAAAAAGUUGGAGCUGAGUGACAACAGGAUAUCCGGUGGUCUGGAGGUGCUGGCUGAGAGGCUGGUCAACCUCACACACCUCAACCUCUCUGGGAACAAGUUCAAGGACAUCAGCACACUGGAACCACUGAAAAAGCUUCCCGUACUGAAGUCCCUGGACCUGUUUAACUGCGAGGUCACCAACCUGGGAGACUACAGGGAGAGCAUCUUCAAGCUCCUCCCGCAGCUCACAUACCUGGAUGGCUACGAUAUCGAAGACUGCGAGGCCUCCGACUCGGACGGCGAGGGAGACGGGAUCGAUGAUGACGACGACGAUGAAGAGGGAGAGUCUGAGGACUUUGAUGAGGAGGAGGAUGAUGAUGAUGAAGAGGUCAUUGCAGAGGAAGAUGACGACAGUGCGGAGAGUGAAGAGGAUGGGGAGGUGAACGGAGAUAUCGAUGAUGAUGAUGAUGAUGAUGACGACGAAGAUGAUGAUGAGGAUGACUCUCCAGCGAAAGGAGAGAAGAGGAAGAGGGAUCCUGAGGAUGAUGACGAUGAUGAAGAUUCAGUGCCCUCCCCACCACCCCUCAAUCUCUGAUACCUCUCCUCCACCCCCUCAAUAUCUCUGAUACCUCCCCUCUACCCCCCCAGAGGCUCUGAUAUCUGAUACCUCCCCCGGAGGCUCUGAUACCUCCCCCGGAGGCUCUGAUACCUCCCCUCUACCCCCUCAAUAUCUCUACCUCCCCUCUACCCCCUCAAUAUCUCUGAUACCUCCCCGGAGGCUCUGAUACCUCCCCUCGGAGGCUGUACCCACUUUAAGGUACAGUUUAACUGUGGUCAAGUUGGCUGCUGUGGCUAUUUGAUCCUAAUGUAGGCCUACCAGACAGGCCUACCAUCAAAAACAAUGGAGAAAUCCCAUAAUAUUUUAACAUGGAAAUAGCUGUUCUGUCAUUCAGCCUACAGUAGCAGCCAACGUGUUGUGUUCAAUGUAGACCUACAUUCCAUGAGACUUUCGGGGGGUGGGAAACAGGAAGUGACUGAAAAUGUCAUAUUUGAUACAAGGAAUGCAUUAUUAUUCCCAUACCAUUACUACAGAGAAUAAGAUAUAAUAUGCUACCCCUCUGUCUAUUGGCUGCUGAGCUUAAUCAAGCCGGUCUCAAAAUACAACACUGUCCCUUUAAGACAUGAAAAAAAUGUUAUUUACCUGACUCACUAGAUGUCUAGAAAUGUGCACGUUUUGUGCUCUCGUCGGAAGCAAUCACUCCCCUAUUGCUGACUACACAUGAUCUAUAACUGGGCUAAUAACUCACUAACUAGCAAUGAUCUGUAGGUUCUCACUAACUAGAGAAGGAUGUGAACAAUGUGUUCGCGUGUAGCUGUCUUUAAAUCUCGCAACAGGCCGUCUACUCAACCGCCGCUGUAGACAGUCCAAGGCAAAUGUCACAGAGCCAUAUGUGGCAACGGUCUAUUUGCAUAUGGGCCUAGUUCGUUUUUGUUUCGCUAUGUUUCAUUGAAUGUGGCUAAUAAUUGCGUUGAUUCGGUCACAAUUCCUCCCCCGACCCCUCGGUUCUCACACCUCCCGAAACCCCUCGGUAUCUCACACCUCCCGACCCCUCGGUAUCUCACACCUCCCGAAACCCCUCGGUAUCUCACACCUCCCGAAACCCCUCGGUAUCUCACACCUCCCGAAACCCCUCGGUAUCUCACACCUCCCGAACCCCUCGGUAUCUCACACCUCCCGAAACCCCUCGGUAUCUCACACCUCCCGACCCCUCGGUAUCUCACACCUCCCGACCCCUCGGUAUCUCACACCUCCCGACCCCUCGGUAUCUCACACCUCCCGGACCCCUCGGUAUC